CAAAAAAAAAAAUGGUCACUGUGUCUGUGUCUCUCUUAAGGUUGCAGAGAGAAAUUCAGAAAAUGAAUAAAAUGGGAUGGCCUAUCUUCUUCUUCUUCCUGUAGAGUCUCUAUUCUCUGCUUGGUGUUCCACAUUGGGAGAUUAGGCUGUUGAUAUUUUCCUAGGAUUCGGUUGCGAUGCACGCAAAACCUGAUGAAGAUCGGCAGUUAGACCAUGGUUCUCAGGGUGUGUUGCAGUCGACUCUCUAUACCCAGCCUUGGUGGCGUGGAGCUGGGAGUGGAGCUUCCUUGGGUGAAAACACUCCCAAAUCUUCAAGUGAACAGCAUAAUGGUUCGGUUGGGAAUGGAACUACACAUGCACAAGAUGGGAAUAAUGGCCAAGAAAGCAAACAUCACAAACAUAUGGCAUCCUCAAGAGCUCUUGCCAUGACUGAUCACCUUGAACCGAAUUCUCAAAUGGAGCUAGUUGGUCACUCGAUUGUUCUGACACCAUUUCCUUAUUCGGAUCCACAAUAUGGUGGAGUAUUGAAUCCCUAUGGGCCACAAGCUAUGUUACCUCCCCAGGUGUAUGGAAUGCAUCAUGCCAGAAUGCCAUUGCCCCUUGAAAUGGAGGAGGAGCCUGUUUAUGUGAAUGCAAAGCAGUAUCAUGGUAUUCUGAGACGAAGACAGUCGCGUGCUAAGCUUGAGCUUGAAAAGAAAGCGAUAAAAGUUAGAAAGCCAUAUCUACAUGAGUCUAGGCACCAACAUGCGAUGAAAAGGGCUAGGGGAUGUGGGGGCCGUUUUCUUAAUACUAAGAAGCUGGAUAACAACACUGUGAAUCCCACAUCAGAGAAAGAGGGACAACAUGCAAAUGAAUGGGGCUCACCAAGGGCCCCUUCCGGUUAAGUGAAAUUCUUCGAUGUGGAGGGGCUUUCCAGCAUUGCUCUGCUGGCGAAGCUGGAGGCGUUUGCCACUUUCGACAUGGGGUUGGGGAAAUCAUCAUUAGCGUGGUGGACCUCAGGCAAUUCAUUCUUGGCUUUGCAAAACCUUGUGGGUGUUUGGAUGAAGAUGAGGAACUAACAAAGAAGGAAAACAUGUGAAUAUCAUGUUAUGUUCACUCUUAACUUAAGUUCCAUUGUCCCUUCCAUUCACCCUUCUGUAAAAAA